CGACACGAGUAUGCACAGCGCGUCGCUCCAAGUUUCCCCCAAGAGCCGGAAAGCCCUAGGAAACAGCGGCGGAGACCACAGGUGGGGGCUGCACCUCUUCCGGUGUCCCACCUUCCUACACCUUCCCGCGGCGGAGAGCACCGUGACGCCCCGGAGCCCGGUCCUCGGCGCCUGCAGAGUUGAGCGUGUGCCUGACAGCCCCUGGCAAGCCCGACCCGGCUUACCUUGAGGACCGGGGUCAGGUUCCCCGCAUAUGGAUCCUAAAAGCUGCUGCUGCUGAGCUGACUCAGCUUUAGGAUGUGAGCUCUUCCACUGGAAGCUCUUCGAGGGAGGAACUGAGGUGACUGCGUCCGACUGGCCGAGCAGUGCGCGUGCGGAUGAGGGUGGGCGCGGCAGAAGAGGUCCCUACUGCGCAGGCAAUUCGAAAACAGUGAGAUGGAAAGCAAGUGCUGUGGUCAUCCCAUGUUAUGCUCCUUGUCAACAAUGUAUACAUUCUUGCUAGGGACCAUAUUUAUUGCUUUAAGCUCAAGUCGCAUCCUAUUGGUAAAAUAUUCAGCCAAUGAAGAGAACAAAUAUGAUUAUCUUCCAACUACUGUGAAUGUGUGCUCAGAACUAGUGAAGCUGGUUUUCUGUGUGCUUGUGUCGUUCUGGGUUAUAAAGAAAGAAAAUCAUCAAAGUAGAAACUUGAAAUGUGCUUCCUGGAGGGAGUUCUUUAAUUUCAUGAAGUGGUCCAUUCCAGCCUUUCUUUAUUUCCUGGAUAAUUUGAUUGUCUUCUAUGUCCUUUCCUAUCUUCAACCUGCCAUGGCUGUUAUCUUCUCGAAUUUUAGCAUUAUAACAACGGCUCUUCUAUUCAGGAUAGUACUGAAGAGACAUCUAAACUGGAUACAAUGGGCUUCCCUCGUCAUUCUAUUUUUGUGUAUUGUGGCCCUUACUGCUGGGACCAAAACGUCGCAGCAUAACCUAGCAGGACAUGGAUUUCACCACGACGCCUUCUUCAGCCCAUCCAAUUCCUGCCUUGUUUUCAGAAGUGAGUGUCCCAGAAAAGACAAUUGCACAGCGAAGGAGUGGACUUUUUCUGACUCUAAGUGGAAUGCCACAGUCAGGGUUUUCAGUCACAUUCGUCUCGGCUUGGGCCAUGUCCUUAUUAUAGUCCAGUGUUUUACUUCUUCAAUGGCUAAUAUCUAUAGUGAAAAGAUAUUGAAGGAGGGGAAGCAGCUCACUGAAAAUAUCUUCAUACAGAACAGCAAACUCUAUUUCUUUGGCAUUCUUUUUAAUGGGCUUACCCUGGGCCUUCAGAGCAGUAAACGUGAUCAGAUUAAGAACUGUGGGUUUUUCUAUGGCCACAAUGCGUUUUCACUAGCCCUUAUUUUUGUAACUGCAUUCCAGGGCCUCUCGGUGGCUUUUAUUCUGAAGUUUUUGGAUAACAUGUUCCAUGUCUUGAUGGCCCAGGUCACCACUGUCAUUAUCACAACAGUGUCUGUCCUGGUCUUUGACUUCAGGCCCUCUUUGGAGUUUUUCUUAGAAGCCCCAUCAGCUCUUCUGGCUGUGUUCAUUUAUAAUGCCAGCAAGUCCCAAGAUAUGGAAUAUCGACCUAGGCAAGAAAGGAUCCGAGAUCUACGUGGCCAUCUUUGGGAGCGCUCUAGUGGGGAUGGAGAAGAACUGGAAAGACUUACCAAACCCAAGAAUGCCAUUGAGUCAGAUGAAGAUACUUUCUAAUUGGUACUCAAAUAGGUGGCAGGUCUCACAACCUUGUUUUCACAUUUUCUGCAUGUGUAAUAUUUAUCUUUUCACUUUGAUAAACUUGAUAAACCAAGACUGUUUCCAAAGUAAAAUGCCCUUUGCAUAUAUCUAACUACUCCCUAAACAGUUUUCUCCGAGGCUUAGAAUAGUCAAAGGCCAGAAAGGUCUAAGGAACUGACAUGAGAGUAAUAGUAUGGAAACUGCAUUAAUGGCCUGGAACUUGAUAAAUCAAUAAGAUAUAUUCACAGAUUAUUUUCCUUGUUGUCCACGGUUUCAAAAACCUUGUAAUAAUCAUAGCAGCUGUGCUCGAUAAAUACAUAAACACCGAUCAGUUUGCCAGAUAUUAAUAAUUAUGUAAUCCUAUUCUAUUGCCAAAGUCAUCCCCUUUUUUAUCAUUAUGAACAUCACCUUGAAUUUUGAGGCCCUUGAAGCUACACAUUUUGCAAUUAAAAAGCAACAUGACUCUUUCUAAAAAAAUUCGUUGAAAGACUGCCAUUUGGCUACAACAUUGAUUUGAGUUUAAUGUAGUCUAUGCUAAAUGUUUUACCAAAGAAGCAAUUUUUCAGAAACAAAAUCUCAGAAUUUUAAUGUUUAGGAAUUCAUAGGGAAUUUGAUUUUUAGCGAUGAUCUUUUUUUAUAUUCUACACAAAUAAGCUUCAAUUUAGGUGAAAAUUGAUUCCUAGUCACCAGUUAUCACUUGUAUUUUAAAUCACUUAAGCCACGUGUUGUGUUUUUUCCCCUUAGAUUGACCUUAUUAUUCUUGGAUUAUUAUAUUUUGAAGAACUAAGAAGAAGCCAGAAGUUAAGAUAAUUAUAUAUCGUAUCCACUUCCUCAGAGUGGAGAUACUGGCUUCAGAACCAUACCAGAUAAGAGUUCCUUUGAAAAGGGUUACUUUGCAGACAAAUGAUUUUUGCUGAAAUAUGAAUAGUAUUACUUUAAAAAGAGGAAGGCCAAUAAUAAAGCAUUUUAUAGUAAUAAUAUUUCACAUUUCAAGUGCAUGUUAUUUUUCAACAUUUUUGCAUGCAUCCAAUUGACUCUGAGGUAGUGAUAGAUAAUUUAAAAAAAUAAGAAACAAAUGACUUGCCCACGGGCAUGCAGCUGUAUGGUGAUGGCAUAAAAGUUAUCUUUAGCUAAAAUGCCAUUGUGUUUACAGAACCAGACACUGAAUGUGAACCUUACAGUGUCAUUUUCAUGCGGUCGAUUCAUCUCUUCUUUCCCCUAAUUUUUAUACAGAUGAACAUAAGGUAAUACUAUUACAUAAUCCAUUUGUGAUGUGUAGAAUAAUAUGACUGGCAAGAGUUGGAAAUUUAUAAAUAAAAUAAUUAUUAAACCUA